UUUUUCUCUCUUUCGCCCAAUUUGCAGGAUCGUCACGACGGUACCAGUAAUGGUACAGCCAGGCUACCUCAGCUGGGCGGUGUGGGCCAGUACAGCAGCGCACCGCCGCUCUCGCACACGCCCAACUCGGACUUCCAGCCUCCGUAUUUCCCACCACCCUACCAGCCCAUCUACCCCCAGUCUCAGGAUCCAUACUCGCACGUUAACGAUCCUUACUCCAUCAACUCGCUACACGCACAGGCGCAGCCUCAACACCCGGCCUGGCCGAGCCAGCGCCAGAGCCAGGAGAGCGGCCUGCUGCACCAGCACCGGGGCCUGCCACACCAGCUCUGCAGGGAGUACCGCCGAGAAGUGCUGCUGCCCUCGGCCCACGGCAUCGACGCGGGACUCACAGACUCGAUUUCUAUCCAUGGAAUACCUCAUUCUUUAGACGACGUACAGCACGUCGAGGAUCAAGGAAUUCACAUACCCGACCAAACUGUAAUCAAGAAAGGUCCAGUUUCCUUAUCCAAGUCCAGCAACAUCUCGUCCAUACCCUUAAAUAAGGAUGGCCUUUUUGGCGGUGUGGUAAAUCCAAACGAAGUUUUCUGUUCUGUUCCGGGUCGCCUGUCUCUUCUCAGCUCUACAUCAAAGUACAAGGUCACAGUAGCGGAGGUGCAGAGACGCCUCUCACCGCCUGAGUGCCUCAACGCAUCCCUGCUCGGUGGGGUGUUGAGAAGGGCAAAGUCUAAGAAUGGAGGAAGAUCCUUAAGAGAGAAGCUCGAUAAAAUUGGAUUAAAUUUACCUGCAGGGAGACGAAAGGCCGCAAACGUUACCUUGCUGACGUCACUAGUAGAAGGCGAAGCCGUUCAUCUUGCCAGAGAUUUCGGUUAUGUAUGCGAGACCGAAUUUCCAGCCAAGGCAGUAGCUGAAUAUGUUAACCGUCAACAUUCCGACCCUAACGAACAAGUCCAAAGAAAAAACAUGUUAUUGGCAACAAAACAAAUCUGCAAAGAAUUCACCGACCUGCUCUCCCAGGACCGAUCUCCUCUUGGGAAUUCUCGCCCACAGCCUAUACUCGAGCCGGGGAUUCAAAGCUGUUUGACUCACUUCAGUCUCAUUUCGCACGGAUUCGGGACACCGGCCUUGUGUGCGGCCGUCACCGCGCUGCAGAACUAUCUUACCGAGGCCAUUAAAGCGAUGGACAAAAUGUACCUCAAUAACAACAGCCAUUCCGAUUCUGGUACUAAAGGCGGAGACAAAGAUGAGAAGCACAGAAAGUGAUGCGUGAUCAUUAGAACACCACACAUCUAAACGCAUAGAAAAAAAACACUAGUGAUCAAGACAAUGUGCCACUUCCCGAUUUUGCCCAAUUCCCUCAUACGUUUAAUUUCUUUUUAAAACCACGAUUCGACCUGAGCUUCACGGAAAGACACCUUUAUCUAAAUCAGAAGAAAAUAAAGAGUCGCAGUGGCACUGAGGUCCAGGAACCAGAUGCAGACAGAUGCCGAGAAAGAAAAGAAGACUUUUAAUUAAUAAACCUCUUUUUAUGAGCUACAACGGGCUGACAUUAAUGAAACCCACAUUGUCAGUCUACUACUAUUGUAGCGAUGUGAAAGUGAAAUUAAAAGAGGAUGGUUUUUCUAUCAGUAUUGUGAAUAACAAACUUCCACAGUUCCACAGUUCCAUGUCAUUCCUUCACACAGAGACGUUUCACCAAGAGACCAACUUGAACUCUGAAUUUCAACACGAUUUACGGUUAUAUGAGGGAAUCUGUGUUCAUGUAUGUAUAUAUUUAUUUAUGUGUAAUUUAACGGGAACUGUAAAUAUGGUGCGUCUGUUGAAACCUCUUUUUUAUUUAUCUGGUGCCUCCUGUUUUAGUGGGUUUGAAUAUUCGUUUAGUUCUUCAUGUGGUUUUACGGUUCUUAGAAAACAGAAGUUUUUUUUUUUUCCCCUCUGGGAUAUUUCAAUUCAGCCCUCUUGUAGCAUGUCGAGGCGUUAUUAAAGCAACUGAACAAAUUUCAUAGAAAUAAACGUAUAUUUCUCCAUGCAUAUAUCAUUCAUAUGCCGUUCUGUUUUAAUUCGAAGAAAAAAAAAAAUCACAAGACACAAGAGAGAUCCCGACAACAAUAGCUUUGUGUUCUAUUUUCUUGUUUUUAUACGAGCUUGUAUGUGUUGUGCCAAUCAGAAUAUUUUUCACAUGUUGUUCUUCCCUUAAAGCACCAUGAGAGCAAUAAAUGGAUAGACUAUUGUCCUCAGAAUCCUUUCUUUUUUUGGAGAUUUUCAAAACAUUUGGGACCAUCUGAUAUAUUGUAGCCUAUGUCCAAUGUUGAAUUGGAGGCGGUUUUAUCUGUAUUGUGCUGGCAAUAGUUCCCAUGCCUGUCAAUGUAUUAUAGUCAUUUGUUGCCCAGGAAAAAAAAUAAAUAUUUGAUA